CUUGGUCUCAGUUGAAGUCAUCAGUUCCAAUAUGACGGUCCAAAACGGAUCCCAAAAGAGAUUCGCUUGUCUCUUGUCAUUGUUCCAGAUCGUGAUAGUCUUGGGAUUCGCUUUUUUGGCCGAAUAUGACCCGGAAUCUGCCCAACCAGGAACAUCUGAGACAGCUAAACUGAGUGAACUCGAUCAACAAUAUCCGAUGGCCAUGGAUAUUCAAAUGAUGCUCUUCGUGGGAUUUGGAUUCCUCAUGACAUUCCUGAAGCAUUCCGGCUAUUCUGCCUUGGUUCUGACCAUGACCAUAAUUGUGACAUCCGUCGAAUGGUUCAUUCUUCUUUUAGGCCUGACCAGACUCAACGAACAACAAACCACUUUUGGGAUUGCGUGGUCAGAUGUGGUUGACGGAUCUUUGGCUUCUGCGACCGUUUUGAUCUCGUUCGGGGCAGUCAUUGGAAAAAUAUCUCCACUUCAAUGUUUGGUUAUGGUUAUUCUUGAAACGCCACUCUAUUUGGCAAAUUUGCAUAUCGGAUAUUCACUCCUUACUGCCCUUGAUGCAGGUGGAACCAUCUUCAUUCACGCCUUUGGUGCUUAUUUUGGAUUGGGAAUAAGUUUUGCGCUCCGGAAUCAAGAUGUGAAGGCCUCUUUGCAUAGACAAACGAGUUCAGUCAUGUCCGACCACUUUUCGUUUUUGGGAACGAUGAUCCUGUGGGUUUACUGGCCCAGUUUCAACGCGUACGUCCUCGAUGGAGAUGAGAAGCAACGGGCAUACAUCAACACAUAUCUCUCCAUGUGCUCAUCCACAAUCACCACUUUAAUCGCUUCAUCCAUCUGCGGAGAGGCGAGAAGAUUCACUCCCAGUCAUGUGCAAAAUGCCUCUUUGGCUGGAGGUGUGAUUGUGGGAGCUGUGGCCAAUAUGAUGCUAACUCCUUUUGGAGCCCUCCUAGCAGGAGGCUUAGCUGGGCUUCUUUCCACUUUCGGCUAUCAAGUGCUACAAGAUAAAGUGCUCAAUUUGGGCAUUCACGACACGUGUGGUGUGCAUAAUCUGCACGGUCUACCUGGUCUUUUUGGAGGGAUCCUGUCGAUCCUUUUGGCGGGAAUAGCCACCGAAACGAAAUACAGGGAAGGCCUCUAUGACGUGUUCCCACCUUUGGUACCAUACAACACUUCUUUCUUGGAGCUACAAUCCCAUAACCAUUCUUUGCAACAAGGUUUGGGCCGAACUUCUUGGGAGCAAGGGCUAUUCCAGGGUGUGUCAUUAUUGGUCACCCUGAGCAUUGCCAUUUUUGGAGGAGUUCUAACCGGAUAUGCCAUGCGAUUUGACAUCUUCAACGGGAAUAUGUCAGAUCAAGAUUUGUAUGACGACGAACUUUUCUUCGACAUACCCGAAAAAGAUGAGUAUGUUCAAGCUUUCAUCAAACGGUCCAACUCGACCGGCGUGUUCUCUCCGCAAAUUUUGGUCAAUGGUAAACAUCCACCCCCACAAAUUGAUCUCAAUAUCAUCCGGGGCCAACCCGACCAAUAUGACAACCCAGCCUUCACAGAUCUUGAUGAGCCGUCUGGUCGAUUGCCUCGCUCAACCCGUUCAUCCUCUGAAUCCACAGUGGUGACUUUUGUUCCUUUGGAAAGAGGCAUUUCUGAUUUCAAUUCGAGGCCUAAUUCUAGCUUGGGAUUAACAGCCAAAGAGGAAAACAUGAAUGAAUGGACGAGAGAAGAUCGCCGAAACACCACGCCUUGUUGAAUGAAGACACGCAUUCAAAUCAAUCUACUUGGCCAUUUGUGCUCUCGAAUUUAUCACCUCGUCAAACACCAGACCAAAUCCAGAACUUGUUCGCACUUUCAGACAGGCAACACUACCUGCGAAGUUAUCUAUCCGGUUUAGAGGCACCCUAGUUCAAUGCAUUCGUUUUGCAAAUUCACGCCAAGCUUCAAGCAAAUUGACAGGAAGUCAUAAUAUUAUGAGAUUGGAUUUCAAUUCGAAAUCUGAAUAGCUAUUGGUUAUUGGUUG